UUUCGUGUACCAGACUUGAACGCAACGCAACGCUGCCGCCGCCACCGCCGCAGUCGCUGUCGCUGUAGUCGUCGCAGUCGUCGUCGUCGUCGCCCACCACCAAAAAUAAAGCGAAUAACAACAACACCGCCGCGCUGCUAAGAAAGCCGAACGAAUGCACGAAUAACAGCCGACGAGGUUCUUAUUAGAUUUGUGCUUUGCUCUGUCUUAUUUGUUGUUGUUGUUCUUGUUGUCGAGCUUAGAACGCAGCAAAAAGCAAAAGCAGCAACAAUAACAACAACAAACAUUCGGGCCGCGCCUUUCUGCCUUUUGGUUCGUUCGUUUCGCUGUCUCUCUGCUUUUUUGUUCCGUUUCGUUUCGUUCGCCGUUCGCUGUUUGCUGUUCGCUGGUUCUUGCUGUUCGUCUGUCUGUCUGGCUGACUGUCUCUCUGCAUUAGAACAAAACACGAGCGAACUUUUAACGAACGAACGAACGCUACCGAGCCGAGCGAGCACGCCGUGUGCUGUCGCUGUCGCUGCGCUGCCAACGUCGCGACGUCGCGUCGUCGUCGACUGACUUAUUGGCUUUAAGCGAAUUUGAAAUUCGCUCGAACUUUUAUUCAACGUGUUGGUUUCGUCGCGUGAGCAACUCUGAAACUGAAAACAAAAAUACAAAAAGCAAAAUAACAACAACAAUAUACAAAAUUCAUUUAUAUAUGUAUUUAUAUAAACACCACACCAAAACUUGCAAAGAGAAAAACAACAACAACAAAAAUAUAUACUCAAACUGUUUUGAGUUUUUCCUUCUACGGCCGUAAACACACCAACACCAACAACAACACACACAUACAUCUACACUCACGCAUUCGUAGCGUAACCCUAAAAACGGCAACCCUAUUCGCCUACUAUACGUGUGUGUUCCGUGUUCCCAAAACUAAUAUCGCGUUUAAUACAUUUUUUUGUGGUAUUUUUUUUUUGUUUGUUUGUUGGUUCGUCAAUUGGAAAUUUUUCGUAUCGCGAGCGCGCGUCGCGUCGCAGCUUCCAAAAAUCGAUAUAGCAAUAUCUGCCUGAUCGUACUAUAUCUAUUAUAUAUAUAUAUUUUUUUUAAGUGUUAUACAAUCCCAAUAAAAAUAAAAGUGCUACCAAAAUGCCUUAUAACAGCGUCACGCUUUAGUGUCACAAGUGCAACUUAUUAAAUCGAGGGACCCACAGGGACCCCCUAAAAAAAAAAGCUAAAUAGAAAGAGAGAGUUGUAUAUAUAGAAAACUCGACUCGCUGACAGGUGCUGGAGUGUACAGUGUUGGUAAACAACAGCAACAACAACAACAACAACAACUAGAAGUCAACAACAAGAGACAAUCAACACAACAUUCUUCUGCAACAUCUUCAUCCGGCUCUUCAGCUGCAAACCGAAUCACACAACAGCCCCCCAAAAGGAAAACAAAAAAAAAAAACGAUUGCUGCAUUUUAUGAGCAAGCGUGCGGUUCGUCGUCGUCGUCGUUGUCGUCGUUAAUGUCUCGGAUGUCGUUGUUGAUGUGGAUGUGGAUGUCGACCGGUGCCGGUGGCCAAAACAUUCAGUCGAAUUCAACGCUGUGAGCAACACACGCUGGAAGCGCCGAUGGAACCGCGUCGCGACGCAGCGGCAACGGCAGCAGCGGCAGCGACAAUAACAACAACAACAAUAAAAACAACAACAACAAAAACAAUAUUGACAAAACAACAACAAUCAAAAGCCAGCUAAACAAAGUUGAGAAGAAAAACAACAACAAAUUUCCACAAGCAGUCAAAGUUUUAUUAACAACAAUUUGUGAUAACCGAGAGAGACAACAACAAACAAACAACAACAACAAGUAGAAGAAGACGCGAGUGUCCAAAAACAUAAAUAAUAAUAAAAGAAAAAAACAAUUUAUAUACUUAUAUAUAUAUAUACAUAUAUAUUUAUACAAAGCGCAUAUACAACAAUUCAAAAACAAACAUAAAAAUAUAAAAUAAAAAUUAAUUAACUAAAAGCAGUCCAACAAAUGCAACGCGUAGGCCUUCAACUGUGAUUUACAACAUAACAAAAUAAAAUAUAUAUAAAAAAAACAAAAAAACAAAACUAAAAGUUAAAAACAAAAAAGAACAAUUUAUCGUGCUAUUCAUUUUUGUUUCGUUUUUGUUUUACUUUUUUUUAAUAUUAUUGUUUCGUGUGUGUUUAUCGACGCCUGCAAAAAGUCCAAUUUAUAACUAAAACAAAACAAAAGAAACCUUUCCAACAACUAACUCAACUAAAAAGAGGCAGCAAUCAAAAUCAAACAUGUUCAACUCAAACAUACCGGCAACAUCGUUGCUCAGCAUCGAGGGCAGCAAUUGCUUGGGCGCCCAUACACCGAAGACGCCAGAGAUAUUAAAUUCGGUGAUCGCCAUGACAAAUCCGCUCGACAAUUUCAAUUUCAAUGCCUCAAACAGUUGCAGUGCCGCCUCCACGCCCCUUGUCACCAUACGCAACUUUUGCGGCAAUCCCAAUGGACAGUCGCAUUCGCAGGACAGCAGUCAUUCCAGUUGCUCGGCUUCGCCGCUCGAUUCGCCAGCGGGCACAGCGACCACGCCCAGUGUGCAACAGACCUGUUCGCAGCUGAUCAAAGCCGGCCUCAAACUGUCCAUACAGAGCAAACGCAAGUUGUCCACCUGCGACUCAAGCUCCGGCUCGGAGCAGCCCAACUCAAAGUGUUCGCGUCGCGACGAGGAUUGCGAAGAGUCCAGCGAUGAGGAUAGCGAAACGAAAUCCGCCCCCAAAGGACUGACACCCGAAGACGAGGAUCGUCGCCGUCGACGCCGCGAGCGCAACAAAAUCGCUGCCACCAAAUGCCGCAUGAAGAAACGCGAACGCACACAGAACCUGAUCAAAGAAUCCGAAGUGCUGGACACACAAAAUGUGGAGCUUAAGAAUCAAGUGCGCACCCUCGAAACCGAUCGUCGACGUCUGCUCGAGAUGUUGCAAGCGCAUGCGCCGAGUUGUGUGAAACGCGGUGGUUGCCAGUUGCCAUCGAAGUUGCUGCAAUCGCCGGCAUACAAGUAUUUGCCUGAGUUGGAGCUGGAUGGCGUAGGCAAUGGCAACGGUGGCAAUGGCGGUGGCAACAGCAGCAGCAGCAGCGAGGCAACAGGAACGAGCAGCGCGGCCAAUACGCCAACCUCCCACCAACAACAACAGCAGCAGCAGCAACAUCUGCAGCAGCAGCAACAACAACAACAUAUGCAGAGCAUACCAUCCAUGUCGACGUUCAAGUUUGGCUCCAAGUCGCCAGCAGCAAUGGCAGCAGCUGUUGCUGCCGCCCAACAGCAGCAGCAGCAACAUCAUCAGCUGCAGCAGCAACAGUUGCCGAAUGGCUAUUGCAAGCCAUCGCCGAGUCCGCAGGAAUUCGAGCAUGCUGGCUACUUGAGUUCGCCCACCCAAGAGGCGCUUUGUCUGCCACAGCAGCAACAACAGUCGACCAUGAAUCCCGCCAGCAGCAACAGCAAUGCCGACAACAGCAGCAACAACAACAACAACAACAACAAUAGCAAUUUGGUGGUUAGUCAACAGGUGUCGGAUUAUGUGCCGAAUUGUGAAGGACUCAGCUUGGGUUUGGGCCUCUCCAUAGCCAUAACCACGCCCACCAACACCAACAGCAGUCGCAACAGCAAUACCAGCAGCAACAACAGUAACAACAAUAGCAACAACAACAACAACGGCAGCAAUAACAAUCACAGCAGCAGCAAUGGCAACACGAGCAACAUUGUCAGCUCUUCGACGUCGAAUGUUGUUGUGAUACCGCCGCCAGCAACCACGCCCACCAGCAGCGCCAUCGAAUUUGUGAAAAACGAAUUGGUGGACUCACAGAGUCCCUACACCACAGCCUUGAGUGCCGAACGCUUUCUGUUUGAGCCGAGCGAGGGAUUCCCCGAUACAAAGCAUGCGGUGAGCGUGCAUCCGAGUAGCUUGAACAACAUGACCAGUGUGGCCAGCUUGGCGGUGCACAGCGGCAGCAAUCACAGCAACAACAGCAGCUGCAACAACAACAACAACAAUCAUCUGUUGGACUUUCACAACGGUUUGCCACACACCGGCAUCGGUGCCAUCGGCGGCGUUGGUGGCGGCAUCAUUGGUGGCAUUAUGACACCGUGCUACGAGGAGGAUCAAUUGCUGUUGAUGAAGAACAGUUGCUAUACGAACGAUCUGUUGUCGCAUCUCACCGAUGAUGCGGCCGAUUUUGUUGAUCUGGAUACGGGUGCAGCGGCGUUUAUCACAAAUGGCGGUUGCCUGGCGUGAGAUCGGGCCCAAAAUCAACAUCAACAUCGACAUCAACACCAACAGCAACAGCAACGCUUUAACGAUCACGAACUGUUGCUGAUCUUCGAUCAACAGCAACAGCAGCAACAUAUAAACGAUCAGCAACAUGUUGAACAAGGCGAGCAACAGCGAGAGGAGGAGGAUGAUGCAAACUGGGCUAAUGUGGAUUAUUGGUGCUAGGCAGAGCACAAAAAGUGUGUGUGUGUGUGUGUGUG